CAGCCGCAGCAGGCCGCCAGCAUGCUGCGACGAAUGCCCACCGACAUGGCCGCCGACGACACCGCGGGCCCGCUGCUGAGGAGGGCCAGCAAGAGACAGCGGGUCGUCAACUUCUUCCGCGCCUGGAAGCAGAGGCAAUCGCUGCCUCGCGCCAACAAGCCGACACCCACGCCCACCAAGCCCAGCCUCACUGACGCUGACAUUGACACUGACGCCGGCACUCGCCCUCGCACUGGCACUGGCACUGGCACUGGCACUGGUCCCGCCCCGCAACACCACCAGAGCCCCUCGUCGCGCCAUGGCAGCGGCAGCGGCAGCGGCAGCGUCAUUGCCCCCGACGACCCCCCGCCCCCGCAAACAUCCUCCUCCUCACAAGACACGAGACAUCACCACGCCGACGCCCUGACCGAGGCCCAGUUCCACGCCCUCUUUGCCGGCGCCCCGCAAUUCGCCCUCGCAACCCUCAACGCCCGCUGCACCCCCACAGCCUCGUUUCCCUGGAGCACCGAGGCCGCCACCAAGGAUGCUACUGACACGGCGCCCCUCGCAGAGCCUGCCUUCUCGGCUGCCACGCUGCACAAGCACAAGCUCAAGACCCAGCCCCUUUCCGACACGCCCAAGCGGUACAAUGGCUAUGCCGUCGACGCGCUCGAAACGCCUUGCAUGCUCGGCAUCCACGGCAUCGAGCCAGGAACAAUUGGCUUCGCACACUUCCUCGACCUGCCACACGCCGAUGUCCUUCUCAGCGAACCCCACGCAUCUCCCUCGACUGCCGACGUGGCCGAGUCGGACAAGAACAGGGACAUGCUGCAGACUAACCCUGAGCGCCUAGGCAUCCGCCUAGUCGACCUUGGCCUGGUCUAUGAUCGCCUGUGUGAGUUCCAGGACAUGUACGAGGCCUUCCACGAUAGCCCAGAGCCCAUGACAAUCCUGAAUAACCAGUCGUCGGGCGACUUGUAUGCCAAUCUGUUCACCAAGUUCCUGACUCCUCCUGGCUACGACGGCGCAACCGAAGACCCCACAGGCUUGCAAACACAGAUUGCUGCGCUGCUGCGCGUCCUGGCUCUCAAGGGCAUCUGGUACGACUUUAGCCUCGUCGAGUGGAGGAUCAGACUGGGCCAGAUACUGUGGACUGAACCAGAGCCAAUACCCGACCACGAGCCCCAGCCCCUGUGGACAGAGCGCGAUAUUCUGCUGCUCCAAAUCACCUUGGCGUGCGAGUUGCUGCUGCGGCUCGAUGCCUACACAAACGCCGACGCUGCCGAUGCCGCUGUCCGACUACGAAUCAACCCUCAGGACGUUGAGGCGUUUCUCCAGUACAAGACGCGAAAGAUUGACUGGGAUUUGGUUCUUGCUCGCACGUUUCUGGACAACAUUGCUAUCAUGAGAGGCAACGACGCGCAGACAUCGCCAAAGCCCAAGUCGGGCGGAUUAUUGUCACUGUUUGCACAGAAUGCCCAUCAUGAGUUGCCCCAGUCCGAUCUCAUCUUAUUCCCACAGCACCAGGCUCGACAGAUUGCUGGGUUCCAUCAAUUCGCCUCUGCCAUACAGUGGCCUGGACUCGACGUGGUUUCUGCCGAACUCGUUCGAAAGUUGGCCCCUCACGACAAGAGCGAAGCUUCCACGCCAUCUCCAAGCGGCAGAUCAACCGACCCAGCGUCUCCAGCUGGUAUCAGCGUAUAUGGGACGCCACUACAAACGCCGCUAACCGCCGGCCAGCAGCUGGAUAGCUAUUUCGGGCAUCUAGGAAAGCCGGCGCUGAACCGCAACAACUCGCGGGCUUUCCACAUGGCCCUUUCCCCGACCUCUGCAGUUACCCAAGACCAGGCCAAGCCUGUUGUAAACAACGUCGGUGGAUGGCUGAGCCGGUCGUACUUGACGGGACUGGUGCUUCCCGGAGAAGCCAUUUCUCACUUUCUCAUUUCGACACUGCUUGAAAACGAUGCCAUUGCCAUUGCGAAUCUGGGCGAGUCUGCUAACCUGUAUGGUGGCUUCACUUUUGGUGGGAGAACUUUCUGGAGCAAAAACUCGAUUGUUGGGCGCAUACUGGCUUGCAUAAAGGGCUCCUCGGAGUGCAUGGGCUGGGUGUCUUGUCCAAAGCUGCCGGAAAGCUCAACCGAACGUUGGUACUCGAUUCACAGCGAGAUGCUACCCUACGAAAAACGGGCGCGGCAACGAGACGGCGUUGACCUUGUCGCACAAGACUCAGCAAUAGUCCCAAACGAUUCCAUAGUUCCCGUCAAGUCGGAGGACUUUGUACUUCCCCGGGACCUUGACCCAGUUCCCGUGUCCUCUGUUGGCUUCUCGCAGUGGGAGCUCACCCCCAUGAAUCCAGACCUCAUCGAUGGCGACAGCGUGACAGGGCCACCAACCGAAGGCGACAUCCACUCUCCGUCCAUGACGUUUGUUUCGGGCGACGGUGUGAGCCACACACUGACCCUUGGCUACGAUAUUCAGUUUGUGACGUCUUGGCCUUGUACGCCAGCCACAUCGGCGCCCCCGUUUACACAUCGACCAAGAGUUUUGAGACGGUCCGUUACAGGGACACUGUCGAGGUCUUCAUCGAAACACAGCGAAACCAUGUCUCGGCGCAACAGCCAUGGCUUCGAGCCGCUCUUGUCACACCCGCCAGACGCUGCUGACAAUGCGCCAAGACGUAUGUACGAUGCGCCUGUCGACCCAGCGAUCGAAGGACUCGCGGUGAGCAGUAAGCCUCUAUACGCACACCUGCUUCACAAAUCGUACCCGUACAAGAUUGUGCCGGUAACGGACAUCCUGGAUCCCGACUUUUUACUUCCCUUUGAUUUGCAUACUUCAAAGUCAAGCGAACGUUUACUUGGCCUGUCGGAGAGUUACGAUAGCGAAGUGGAGAAGAUUAAAGAGAAGAAGAAGGCGGUACUUGUGCUCGAUGCUCGCGCAUCUUCUGAUCUUGAAGUUCUCGCGCGAGCUUGGUGUGCCGAGAGGGGCCUUGAUGCUCUCAUCAGCCGCACAGGAAGGACUUGUCUGGGUUGCUCCAUCCGCGAAGCCAGAGGCCUCGGCAUUCACAUUGUUAUCCGGGUUUAGCUGGCAAGGCCUCGAUACUGGAUGGGGUUGAUCUGCCAGCAUACUUCCUGAUUCUCCCCAGAUUGACUUGUCUUUUCUUCGACGGCAAAGGAGAUUGUUUUUGAUGAUUCUGCUUGGCGAUUACGGCGUGCAUGUAUUCAAGAUACCCA